CGCAGAAAGAAUCCAGGACGAUCCGGAAGGAGGAAGGGUCGAUCUCGUUUAUCGGUCACCUCCUUCUACUUAGAUGAUAGUGUCGCAUGUGCCGAAUGCUCAAGCUGUCGGUCAACAUUUUUAGGGGUGGGCUCAAGCAGGGCUCCAAAAGGAGGUACAAGACGGUAGAUAAGAAGAGUCAUCCUGUGCCAGUUCUAGUGAGUCAAGAAGAAGGGGUGUAUUAUGAUCAGGAAAGAGAACUGAUACAGCGAAUGAGGGAAGGCAUCCAGAACGGACCUUGUCGUAUCGACGAUGAGACUGAGAAAGAACUGAUAAUAGGGGAACCUGGCUUUCUGACAAGGCAAGAUGAGGACUUGGUAAAAGAACUGAUACGUGAAAAACAUGGGGCAUAUGCCUUCAACGAUGAUCAACGUGGAAGGCUGGAUGUGGACAAGAUAGAAAUGAUCCGUAUUUAUACUGUACCUCAUGAGUCAUGGAAUGUCCGAGGGGUUAAGUAUCCCAACCCUGAGGAUCGCAGAAGGGUGGUGGAGUACCUAGAUGGGAAGAUCCGCACGGAUGUGCCAAGGUACUCCAGUGGACCAUAUGCCUCUCCUUGGUUCUGUUUUGUAAAGCCAAAUGGAGUUCUCAGAUGGGUGCAAGACCUCCAACGACUGAACGCGGUAACUGUAAGGGAUGCAGGGGGUCUGCCCAAUGCUGACCAGCGUGACCCUUGGAAAGAAGAGGCCAUGGCGCAGAGAGGAGCAGUGGCAGGGCCCUCUGGACCUGCCUUGAGAAAGGGAGGGCAGAGGAGGGAACAAAGAAUCUCAAGGAACCUGGAGGAGCUGCCCAUUUACAGGGCUGGAGACAGCCUGCGAGUUUUCCUGCGAGACCUUGAGGAGUACACAUUUAGGAGAGAAUGGGGUGACAGGGAAAGGAUUGCGAAUGUGAGAGGAGCAGGAAUGUACAAAAGGAGGAUUGAAGGAGUGGUGGCAGGUUGCACAAGGUGGAGGGUAUGCAAGGUGAGACUAUGGAGAGACAUAGGGGAAUUCCCAAGGGAUGAUGUGGAGGAUGACUUGAGGUUCGAUGGGACCAAUCUGGAGGACUUUGUUGAGAGCUUGCAACUGGCCGCUGAGAGGGGCGAAUGGAACGAGGAGGAAAAGCGAAAGCAGUUGAUCGCGAGAUCAGACAAAGGCGAAAAGGAGGAAGUAAGAGGAAUUGUGGAAGGGAGUCAGACCUGGAAAAGGAUAACGACAGAAUUGUGAAUGGCCUACGCCCAGGCCAGGCAAGAUCAGAUAAAGAAGGAAAGGAUGC